GCCAUCAGUAGUUGCCUCAGAGCCCGCGGGUUGAAGAAAUCGUACGCAUCGAGCGAGUGACAAGCGCCGCGUCUCACCAAACAAAGAAAAAAGCAAAAGCAGAGCCUCAAAAAAAAAGAAAAAAACCAAAAAAAUAAAAACAAAUUUAAAACAACCGAAAAAAAAACGUAGAAAUACCCGCUACACUCACACAAAAACAGAGCCAGUCCAACGAAUAUUUUGUAGUACCUAACCAAAAAAAAAAAACCGAUAAAACGCAACAAAAUGCUGCCACAAAUCGCAGGCAAAUGAGCCCGCCAGCCAACGGCUCCCAUCUGCGGCUGCUGCAGAGCAGCGAGUCCGAGCCCGGUCCCGCAUCCGCAUUCGCACUCGCAUCCGCAACUGAAUCCUCCUCAUCAGCGCUGCCUCACCGCGUUUCCCUGUGUGUGUGCCAGUGUUCGGGCCAAGCGGACCGCCAGCAAUCGCAGUGUAAGGCGUCCGCCGCUGAAAACUACUAAGCCUUGAGUGUCAUAUCCGAAAUUGAGUUUCGUUUCCGGUUCCGCCGCGCGUCGCUCAAUCCGUUUGGCCAAGUCGGUCGGUUGGUCCGCUCCGCUCCGUUCCGUUCUGUUCCGGUCGGUGGGUCGUUCGCCCGUUCAGACAUUUUGGCCUGCUCAAAAAUUGAUGCCACCAGCAGCAGCAGCAGCAGCCCUGUAAUGCACACCAACACCUAAGACUGCUAACUGGAAUUGCUUCGAACCAUCACCAUCAAAACGAACAACAACCACAACAAAGUGCUGCCAGCAACAAAAACGUAAUCAGGAAUUUAAGCAAAACCAAAAAAAGGAGAGCAACCUCAGAGGCAGGAAGGAAGCCGAAAGGAUGUUUAUGGAAUUGUCAUCGUUAGCGAGCGACUGACGCAACACAGCUCAAGGCAUGUGGCAACAGCAACAUCUACAGCAGCAGCAGCAGCAACACUGAGCGGCAGCAGCCACAUUCGGCAGCAGGGGCAACUAGGAAGGCGGUUGCGAGCAACCUCCGUGGAUCGGUGGAGUGCUGCUGUAAAGCAGCACCAUAGCUGCCAUUAAAAUAGACGCCGCGGCGCAACAGCAACGCUGCCGUCGUCACAAUCAACGCCAGCGACAACACCACCCCCAUCACCGCCAUCGCAGACGACGACGGCGCAGCAGCAACAGCGGCAGCAACACCAACAGCAGCAGCAGCAACGGCAGCAGCAGCAGCAACUGCAGCUUCAGCAGCAACUGCAGCAGCGUCGGCGGGCUGUUGGGCGCAGUGGGCGUGGCCGGCAGCUGCCCAUUGCUAGCCACUCAGCAACUAAUCGACGAGCCGGGCAGCAGCAACAACACUGGCGACGACGACGGCGGCCCAGCAGCAGCAGCAGCAACAACGCAGCAGCAACACUGCGACCAGCAACACCAGCCAAGUGGUCGGCGGCGACGCUACGACGGCCUGUCAUCUGUAGGCAAUGCAACGCGCUGUGCAGCAACGGGUUGGACCUGGCCUAAGAUGGGUAGCGUGCUAUUCGCAGCUGUAUUCAUAGCAUUACACUUCGCCACCGGCGGCCUGGCCAACCCAGAUGCAAAGCGCCUCUACGACGACCUGCUGAGCAACUACAACCGCCUCAUCCGACCCGUGGGCAACAACUCGGACCGCCUCACCGUCAAGAUGGGUCUGCGCCUCUCCCAGCUGAUCGAUGUGAAUCUGAAGAAUCAAAUUAUGACAACCAAUGUCUGGGUGGAGCAGGAAUGGAACGACUACAAAUUGAAAUGGAAUCCGGAUGACUACGGCGGCGUGGACACGCUGCACGUGCCCUCCGAGCAUAUAUGGCUGCCGGAUAUUGUGCUCUAUAACAACGCCGAUGGCAACUAUGAAGUGACAAUAAUGACAAAAGCAAUUCUUCAUCACACGGGCAAAGUGGUGUGGAAACCGCCCGCCAUUUACAAAUCCUUUUGCGAAAUUGAUGUCGAGUACUUUCCCUUCGAUGAGCAGACAUGUUUCAUGAAGUUCGGCUCCUGGACCUACGACGGUUAUAUGGUUGACUUGCGGCACUUGAAGCAGACUGCCGACUCGGAUAACAUCGAGGUGGGCAUCGACCUGCAGGAUUACUACAUUUCCGUGGAGUGGGACAUCAUGCGGGUGCCGGCGGUGCGGAACGAGAAGUUCUACAGCUGCUGCGAGGAGCCCUAUCUGGACAUCGUGUUCAACCUCACCCUCCGGAGGAAGACGCUCUUCUACACUGUAAACCUGAUCAUCCCCUGCGUGGGCAUCUCGUUCCUCUCGGUGCUCGUCUUCUACCUGCCCAGCGACUCCGGCGAGAAGAUCUCGCUCUGUAUUAGCAUCCUGCUGUCGCUCACCGUGUUCUUCCUCCUGCUGGCCGAGAUUAUUCCGCCCACCUCGCUGACGGUGCCGCUGCUGGGAAAGUAUCUGCUCUUCACCAUGAUGCUGGUCACGCUCUCCGUCGUCGUGACCAUCGCCGUGCUCAACGUGAACUUCAGAUCACCUGUCACGCAUCGCAUGGCACCGUGGGUGCAGCGCCUCUUCAUCCAGAUCCUGCCCAAGCUGCUCUGCAUCGAGCGGCCCAAGAAGGAGGAGCCCGAGGAGGAUCAGCCGCCCGAGGUGCUCACCGAUGUCUAUCACCUGCCGCCGGAUGUGGACAAGUUUGUCAACUACGACUCGAAGCGUUUCAGCGGCGACUACGGCAUUCCAGCAUUACCCGCCUCGCACCGCUUCGACUUGGCCGCGGCGGGCGGCAUCAGUGCCCAUUGUUUCGCGGAACCGCCGCUGCCCUCCUCACUGCCACUCCCAGGCGCCGACGACGACCUGUUCAGCCCGUCGGGCCUAAACGGAGACAUCAGUCCCGGAUGCUGUCCCGCUGCUGCAGCUGCCGCAGCCGCCGACCUCAGCCCCACGUUCGAGAAGCCCUACGCCCGCGAAAUGGAGAAGACCAUCGAGGGAUCCCGCUUCAUAGCGCAGCACGUGAAGAACAAGGAUAAGUUCGAGAGCGUGGAGGAGGACUGGAAGUACGUUGCCAUGGUAUUGGAUCGUAUGUUUCUGUGGAUCUUCGCGAUCGCUUGCGUGGUCGGCACAGCGCUGAUUAUCUUGCAGGCGCCCAGCUUGUACGACCAAUCGCAGCCGAUCGACAUACUCUACUCAAAGAUUGCCAAGAAGAAGUUCGAGCUGCUCAAGAUGGGCAGCGAGAACACCUUAUAGCGACCACUUGGGUUCGCGGCCGGCUGGUGGAAUCUAAUCAUCAGCUCGCUGCGGACCCUGUUCGCCGCUCGCGACGAUGAUCGUGGAUAAUAUACGAUGAGCCAGACCAUGAGUAUUUCCUCGGCGCUGUUCAACACUAACAGUAACAGCAGCAGCAGCAGCAGCAACGGCAGUGACAGUGGCAGUGUCAUCGGCAGUGUUGCAAAGGGUAUUGUGAGUAGUGUUGCGAGCGCCAACGAAACGGAUGACUCGUGGAGCCCAUCGUAAAUGAAACGCGAGGCGAGUGAAGUGAACAUUGCGAAAUGAAUUGAAUGUCUUGAAUACAAUCGAAUGGAGGGCAAGUUUUUGGAGCAGUUGAUCAAAAUAUGUAUGUAAUGUAAUGCGAGGGAGUUGUAGUGUUGAUUAACCGAGACAGUGCUGGAUAGCGACGCAAGCCAAAAGAUCGCUGCGGAGCGGAGCUUAGUUUGUAAGUUUUUUGAUGUACUUGAUGUAUGAUUGUGUGGGUCGAGGAAGUUCACAUGGUUCGCGGAUCCCCGCAAAGAUCCUCGGGCCAGUGUUGUAAAAAGCGUAUGGAGUUUUGUAAGUUAUAUUGUAUUUUUGAGCGCCAAAAAGUUCCUUGUUACAUCUUUUAGUUUUAAAGUUCCACACAACACACACCAACAAAAAGACAAAAAAAAGAGACAAAUGAAAAUGUUUUAAAACUGCAUUUUAAAUUUAAAUCUGACUGCAUGUGUUCAAUGCGUGAGUGUGGGUGCUUGAGUGAAAGGCAGAGUGAUUGAGGGCGUGACAAAGUACAUAUACAUAUAUGUACGGAGAGGAAAAUCAAUUUUAAUUGUUUAUUUAUUUGUGCAUAUUUUUCACAUUAUUUUUAGCAGAACAAAAGCAAGCGCAGAAAAAACGCGCCCACGCUGAAUGGGUAAAAUUAAAUUGCAUAAAAUUCCAAUCUAUUUUUAGCAUAAAUAAGUAAAGUAAAUACGGUAAACUACAUUUAAUUAGCCCAUAAGUCGUCACUAGUGGUAGCUAAGCAAAUCUAGUAUUGAAUUAAAUUUAAUAUUAAACAACAAACACGAAGUCCGACAAAUCGGUUCGUAAGAAGCGCGAAAUUCUGAAAUAAAUUUAGUUGAAUGUUGAUACAAACGAGUCGUCACAUUUUUACUAACCACACACACACAGGCAACACCCAGACACACACCCAAAUAUAUUAUAUCGUGCAAGCAUACAUAUAAAUAUAUAUAGAGUAUACGUAUAUAUAGGAUUGCAGCUAGUCAAAUCACUUAACAACGCAAACGGAAACGGAAACACACAUAACAAUUUCAAUUAAAAAAACACGCACACAGACAGACAGACAGUCGGCGGAAAACAAGUAACAAUAACUAAAGCGAAUUGCUAUUUGGCGAGCACUUUGUACCUAUAGUUUGAGAAGCGAUUUGAAUCAAUUAAAUUAUUGCGCAUAAUACAAAUGCCAUUUUCGCUCAGCAGCUCGCAUUCAUGGCACUUUGAUUGCUUUCCCCCAGCCAUUCUCGACUCUAGAUGUUUAUUUGGCCCGCUGUUUUGCAGUUCCCUGCACUCAUUAUGCAUUCAUCGGAGCAUACGGAGCGUUUCAAAAACCUUUGGCAAGUUCAAUUUAAAGUAAAACUUUUUAAUUACUUUCAACGGGCCACGCGAGUGGUGUGCCGAGCUCUGAGCUCUGAGUUCUGAGUCCUGGGCUCUGGUUUUGCUGGUUUGCUGGUUUGCUGGUCUUUCUGGCCAUUCCAAUAGCCUCGCUGGAGUGCCGCACAGCAAAACACCUUCAAUUUAAAUGCCAAAGCUAACGAAACUUGCCACAAGGUUGGCUGCCACUGCCACGCCCACGCGCCCUCUCAUUUUUGCCUUUGCAUUUUUAAUUGAUUUUGCAAAAGUUUCUGCCGCUGGAGCAACAAGAACAGUAAACAUUAAGCAAAUGCGACGGAGGCGGUGCGAAAAUGGGGCGGGGCUGGCAGAAGAAGGCGUGGCCGCGCCGCAAGGCAUGCAACAAAUUAAGUGCGGAAUGCAAUUUGCCAUACUAUUUGCACUGGGGCUAGGUAUGUGCGGGUAGUUAAUAAAAAGCCUUGCGAUUGCAAAAGACACAGGGAAAAAAAUAUAACUACUUUUUCAAGAGUCCUUUUGGUGAUUUUUCAAUUUUCCACUCAAAUUCUGAGAAUAUAAAACUUUUCUUCCAUAUUAUAACUUUUUAUUCUUGUUUGUUUAAUAUUUCAUAUAAUAUGUUCAAAGUAUAAACUCUUCCCAGUGUACCCUCUGUACAGCAACAAGAACUUGGCAAGCAUAAGUGAAAUCUGUAGAAACUAUUAGGAAAGAAUGUCGCGACAAACGACAACGGCAACCCUGAGCCCGCCGCCAGGGUUGUCAAGCGGCCUGGGUGCUGGCUCUUUGUUGCCAACAGCCUGAAUGUUGCUUUUGCUGUUUCUGUGCGUGCGAGCCGGCAAAAGUUUAAUUAAAAUUCCUAAUCGAAAAUAUUCAACAUUUGUGAGUGUGAAUUAAUUAAAAUAGUUUUCCAAGCCAACGAUUGUGGCACAGUUUGAGCACACGGAAAAAGCUGGGUAGAAAAUGCAGUGGCUAGAACGAGAGAGAGAGGGGCCAGCAAAUGAUAUAUAUUUCGUAUUUGUUCUGGCUUAAAUGCUUGGAUGAACUGGCUGGAAAAUGGUACUUUUUUCCUUAAAUAUCAGAGUUUGCAAGGCCAAAACGGACUUUAAUUUUUGUUAUACAACUAUUUUCCCCUGAUGCACGCAACCACAAAAGAAACACAAUCACACGCGAUAAAAAAAGAGGAAAAUUAAACAGGAAAAUCUAAAUAGCGAAUGCCAAUUUGGGUGUAUUAAAAUGUAAAGUGCAUAAAAAUCAACAGUUAACAUUUUUUAAAUAUUUAGCUAUUAAACUAAACGUAAUCUAAAGCCUAUGAAAUAAACGUCGGAAUAUCAUAAAUCAAGUAAUUAAAUACAAAUACGAGGACUAAACUUAGAACGAAACCAAUGACACACAUUUAAAAUUAAACGAUUAAAUGAACAAUGCAAAAAGCAGCAACAAAAUUGACACAAAUGCCCAUACAUUCAUUACACACACAGGAAAUAUAAUUGUGCAUCAUAUAUGGAAAGUAUUAAACUGAGCUUAUAAAAUUUAAACCAAAAAAAUUUCACACACAAAGUUGCUAACUGAAAUGGGAAAAAAACGCGAAAACUAUUUGACAACAUUCUCGAAUUCCGUUUUGAAAAGCAUAAAAUAAAAAAGUCUGAAAACAAAAUUGAAAUCUAUAUACAGAAAAAUACGAAUAAAUACAUAGAAUAUGGAACACAACACAUGACACUUUUUAAAAUGCAAAACCAAAUAUCCAUUGACACAAGGCAAAUACACAAAAAACUGAUGACAGCAAAUUGUUCGCAGAGGACAAAAUUGUAUUCAACAAAAAGUCCGUACACAACAUAUAGUUUAAAACAAAAAGACAACCCGGCAUUACCAAAUGGAAAAACGAAUACAAUAUAUUUUGUAUAAUAAAGAUACAGUCACCACUUAGUUGUUGGUUUUGUUGAGGUCUAAAUGAAUCCUCAAACUCAUAGGUAAACGAAUAUCAGCCAUUUUUGGUGUGACCUGUAAAUAUUAAAAUAUAUUUAUAUUCAAACUUGCUUAAGCUUUAAGUAUGUUUAUUUAAUAGGAAUUUUUUUAAUAAUUUUAAUAUGCUGGUAUAGCUCUUGGUUAUGCAUAACAAUUGUUGAAUCAGCUAAUUUACUGUAAGCUUCUUAAUUUAGCACUAUUUUGUACAAACUUCCAGCCUAACAAAUCUUUUGUUAUAGUUUUAGACAAUCAACUAUUAAAAUAUAUUUAAAGGCAGCAAAGCGAAAUGAAAACAAAGAACUAAUGACAAGUAAAUGGCGUAACUUUUCUGUGAAUAAAAUAAACUAAAUGAGUAUGAACCCCUUAAAAAAACAUUAAUGCAUAUUUAAACUUAAUGUCACUAUGGGAAAUGCAAAAAAAAAAGAAUGCACACAAGAAAAAUGCGCGAGGCGAGGAAGAACAAUUAGACGAAAAUUCAUUUCAACAAAAACCAUUUUUGUAAAUUGUUUCACUUGGGAAAUCGACACGCUAAAGCAAAAACUAAAAAAAUAGAGAAAUAAAUGAAAACUCGUUUUACCAAAUAAUGCAAGACACAAGAUGGAAAAGUGGAGACACUCGAGAAAACAAAAUCGAAUUAACAAAUACAUAGAAGUGUAUAUGCUCUCAUUGGUUGUGUUUUUAGGUUAUAAACAAAUAGGUUUGGCUCUGUGUGGGUGUGUGGUCGUGUGGGUGUGCCGGUCCUUCGUCCUGCACACACACCGACACACGCACACACACCACCGCCCGAACAAGCAAACAGACAAACAAUCGUUCAUUCAAUCACUCAAUCAGUCGGUCCGUCAGUCGAUCCCACCCACGAUCGGCCGGACUCCUAGUUGUACAGUUCAUUUCAACAUUGAUUCAUUAAUAUGUAUUAACGAAUAAAUUAACUUAAAUUUAGCAGCCCAAAGAAAACCAAAGCAAAAAGGCGAGCUAAAUCGCGUUUACCUGUAUAUUAUGCUAGUAAUGUCAAACAUUUUGAAUUUGCCUUUUCGAAUCGAUUCUGUUCAAGUUUUCUUUAGGUUUCUAGCUAAAUGUUUAGUGUGCUUGAUAUACAAAGGGUUAAGCAAUUAAUGUAGGUAAUCGAGAAGAAACCAUGUAAUUUAAAUACUGCCACAAAUAAGACGAAAGAAAUGCAAAUAGAACAUUAGUAAAUAUACAAGUAUAUGUAUGAAUGUAUCAUCUAUAUAUGAUAUACGAGUAUAUUGAUAUACGAACUAGUUAAGAGCAAACAAUUUUCGGAGUGUGUCCAAAAAUGGAAAGGGAGGAGCAGAGGCCACUCCAUCUAGACACAUAAGGGUAGAUCUUGCAGAUCGGGGCUCGAAGUUAACAUUGAAGCUAAGAACUAACUAUUUAGGCAAGAUACGAUUAACUCUGUAUAUAAUUAAAGUAACCACCACAAAACACCCAUGGACACACACACACAGCAAUGCAGACACAAGAGGCACACAGUUAAAGCAGUUCAUACCUGUAUAUACAAAAAUAUACAUAUAAUGUGAGGCAGAUGCCGAUCCAUCAAUGAUCGAUCAUUCAGCAAGCGAAAAGAAUUUAUUUCCAGUACAAUUCAUUUCCCGAUUACAGUUACAACAGACAACGAACUUGUGUACUCACAGAUCUUAGGUAAAGCACAGGAAAAUUCUUGGAGAAAUUAGUAAUGAAUACCACUCAACAAUAGCCGAUUGAAUUGCCCUUAAAGGAUGUUUUAGGAUGAAAAGUUGGGUAACUAAAAAUACAGGAGAGAUUUCAAAUCACUUGACGGGGCGCCUAAGUGAAUGCAAUAAAUUAAUACACAUUUAAAGGGGCGCCCAAAAGAAUGCAAUACAUGAAUACAUAUUUGAAGGGCGCCUAAAAGAAUGCAAUCAAUUAUUUCAAAUCCGCAAGACACCUUUUCAAGGGAUUUAAAAUCGGUAGAUAUCCUGUAUAGUACGCUUUGCUUUCCACUUCGCUAGGGGCAUUCCAUCAAGGCUAGAACGUGUUUCGAAGGACAAUUUUAAGGCCACUCACACUUAGCACUAACAAAUAUCAUAAUUAGUUAAACGCGAAAUAGUUAUAAAACAAAAUAUAUAAAAGCAAGCAAAACGGGAUAACUGAAGCAAAAUAAUUACGAUGUAAACAGGAAAUUGAGGUGUUUGAUAAAUAUGCGGCUUGACCCUGAGAUUCAAAAAACAUAAAAUCGUAUGUCUUCCAAUCAAAGGUCGUCUUUUGUAGCAAACACAACAAGAAUCAAAGUCUGCGUAUUGCUAAAGAAAAACAAUUAAACAAAAAACAAAUUGGAAGCAACUGUGGAGCUGAUUAAUGCAGAAAUGCAGAAUAUUUUAACAACAAACAGUUUACACAAAUAGAAACACAACACACACACACUGCACUGCGAACUCGAUUAGCGAAUAAUCAUGACAUUCCCUAAGGGUUAAACGGAAAAUCAAAGAUGACACCUUCCUCAAGGCAUUCCUCACGCUCUCCAUCGCUCUCUAUCUCUCGCUCACUUGAACUCUGACCCCUUUCGGUUCCCAGCAACUAAUCAAGUACCUGACAAUAGAUGAACUAGAACCUUUCCAGAACUUCUAAGCACUCCGCACCAUCCAUCCCAUCCAUGAAAGCUCGUCUUGUACAUACAGUUGCCGAAUGUUUAAUUCGAUUUGGCUGACAAAUUUCCAUAAAGUUGGCCAGCAGCGAGGCAAAUCAAAAAACACAUAAAAUAAUUCAUUAAAAACGGUUUCAAUGACAGCUAGAAAAUUUAGACACUGACACACAAGUACACGAAUUUCACAGCAAUUAGCAUUUUCACCAUUAUUUGGAACAUGCUUUCUUAUGUACAAAUGGAAAAGAGACAACUUUUGUAAAAUAUUUCCCAGAGUAAAGGCUAAACAAUCAGUUAAUUUUAGGAACUUGCUUUUUGAAUAUUUCCUAUAAGCAGGGGGUGUUUCAGCAACUUGUGGUAAACGAAAUCACCUAUUAAGGUGCUUAAAAGUAUGCAAUGCUAUUUUGGGAGAUAUGAAACCAAGGGAUUUCUGCAGCUCCCCCAUAUGUUCGAAAGAAAAGACAUUUUCAGGAGGCUUUCAAAUCGUUGACAUUAAAAAUUCGCAGUUUUGCAAGCAGCACAAAACACUCAUUCGGCCCUAAGCUGAACACACUCUGAUCCACGAAUAUACUCGAAUAUUUAAAGCUUGAGUGCAUGCGUUUCGUAUGAAUUGGUGUGAAUGGCAUUGCAUGUGUGUGUGUGCGAGAUAAGGCCGAAAUCAAAUGUGUAAAUUCAUAAACUUAAAUCCCUCGAGAAUAUAAGAAUUAUACUAACUAUAUAUUUGAAGGUAUAUAUAGUACUUAGUGGUAUACAUUAUGCAUAUACACCUGUAUGUAUAUUUUUUGUAUUAACUAUUAGGUGCCGUUAGGUUUAAGAGCUUCCGUUGCAAGUUUUGUGUAAAUUUUCUUUCAAUUCGUUCGAUCAAGAUAUGGAAAAGCAAAACAAAAAUCAAUUUUAGCGUCAAGAUUUUUAACUCAAAACAAAUCAAAGAAAAUGGCAAAUCUUAAAGUCUUGCAACUCACUGGGGAAAACAACACCACGAAUAUUAAAGUUAAAGGUAAAAUGCCCACGGGCUAAACUAACGACAAUUUGCUCAAAAAAAGAAAAAACUAAAACCAAAUAUAUUAAUAAUGAAAAAUAUACAUACAUAUACGCAGUAAACUAAAGCCAGAUAUAAAUGCAAGUAUGGGAUAGACAUUUAGUUAGGCGUCCCAAGCGCUCACUAAAAAUUCUACACAAAAAUCAAUUUUGACUAAAUUGAAAAUUUAGUUAAAUGGAAUCGCAUAACGUAAGUAAGCUAAGUAACGAUAAUUAUAAUCCAUAAACAAUUUAUGUAAAAUACUUGCGACUAAGAAUAGGCUAAGCUAAAUUUGACACUGCAAAUCAAAGCAAGAUCAGCAACAAGCAAACCUAAUGAGAAGGUAAAUGGAAAAUUUGUGCAUCAGUAAUUCAAAUAAAUGUGACACAAUACUUAAACUUAAACGGAAAAGCGUUGCAUUUACAUUUCACAUAACAAAUACGUGCGUAAAUAUAUAUAUAAUUAUUAUAUAUAUUAAAUAUAUAUUCGAAACUCUCUUGAACAACAAAACAGCAAACAUAUUACAAACAUAACAAACCGAAACUAAAUAAAUACACUCACGCGCAGCCAGCAAGCAAACAAUUGAACAUUGAAAAUUGAUCGAAAAUUACGAGGUCAUACACAAAUAAAAAAACAUUAAAAAAAAUUAAUAAAAUCGAUAGAAAAAAAUAAAUAUGUUGACUAACACAACAAUAUAAAAAACAGAAUGCAUUAACAAUUUAAAUGUAAGACACUAAAUAACGAACUUAAGCUAAACGCAAAAACAAAUUGAAAUAAUAGCAACAAUUGCGAAAAAUAACACUAAAAUUGAAAACAAUUAAAAAACGACAACACAUUAAAAGAAAACAAUUACUAUAUAAAUAAAUGUUACGCGUUAUUAAAUAAAGAAGAAUGAAAAUAAUUUGUUUU